AUGGAUAUUGCCAUAUCUAGUGGACUGAAUGUUGGAAUUCAGGCACUUAACCUUUUAAAUAAGUGGCUAGAAGAGGUAGAGAUUGCAAAAAGCUGGUAUGGAGAGGAUAAAUAUCCAGUUUUUACCCAAAGACUUUUUACAAUUAAAAAAGAUAAGUGGGAAGAAAUAAUACAAAAUAGCCUCUCCUGCUGCUCAUCCUGGCAUUACCAGGUAAAAAAACAUAACGUUCUUGCUCUAGCCAAUGGAGCAAGAAUAUACUCUAUAGAUGAUUCUUCAGGAGGAUAUUUUGCACGCCUGGAUGCCCGAGACUUUGUUCUAACCAUCUGGCAGAUGGAUAUUACUGGAUCUGCAACUGCACAUAUUGCACCCAGAGAAAGCCCUUCAGACAGUUCUUGUCUUUCACCAUCAGGGUGGAGAGAUUUACUACAUCACGGUUAUUCCUUUGGUGAAUAUGAUCAUGUUUUUGGCUGGCCAUUUAAGGGGACGUUACUGUCCGAGCCACCAGAAGCACUAUUGGUGAUCGAUGAUCACAGAGCAAGAUAUCUUCAGGAAAAGCUCCGUUGUGCAAUUCACCAAUGCUACGACAAAUGGACCAUACUCAAACGCAGCUUGCCCUGCACCGGUCGCGAUAAUCAUGAGUUUGAAAAAUGGGACAAGAAAAUCGAAGUGUUACAAAGAAACCUCCUAAAAUCAAAACUUCUCCUGGUGGAUGGUGCUCAACCAUAUACCCCUUUUCUCGAAGAAGAGAGAAUAGGAGAUACUCUUUCCUAUGCUGAGCAUCAGUUGAAAGAGCCUUCAGAUCGAAGAGAAACGGUAGUUGCUCUAACUCGAUUAUUGACCACGCCACGACGCAUCAACAAAUUUCUCAGUACUCGUGAAAGUGGAAAGUCUGCAUCUCUAGUUUGA